GCUCCCCAUUAUCUCAAGACCUUAGUGGAACGGCAUUAACCAAAACAUGGCAAAAUCUCAUAUGAAUUUGGAUUAUUUUAAGCAUCCAAAUCAUCAAGUCACCUUCUUAGUUUAGGCUAUAUAACCUCCUAGUUACUCCAUUCUCAAAUACACAGAAAAAUAAAUCUAUCCAGUCAGCCUUAGAAUCCAAAUAUUCUCAAUGGGGAGCCAAAUAAAGAAGCAAUGGCCUCAAUUUGCUUCUGCUUUGGCACUUUUCUUGAUUGCAACUUGCACUAUGGCAUAUUCAUCCGAUUCUUAUAAAUCACCAGUUUCAACAUACAACAAAGUACUAAGCACAGUAACCAAAAGUGACAACUAUCAUAUCCAGCCACUAUCACAAGACAAUUAUGAAGUGCCACAAGUGUCCAAGAACCACUACAACGUACGCUCAAUGCCUAAGCAGGAAUACAAAGUACCAUCUUUGCCAAAUAAUGGCUACUACAACAAACCAUCAGUUCCAAAAGAUAACUACAAGAAGGUGCCAUAUCUUACAAAUGAUAACUACUACAAGACACCCUCAAAACCUAAACAAGAAUACAAUGUGCCAUCUUUUCCAAAGAAUGAGUACUACAAGAAACCAUCCGUUCCAAAAAAUAACUACAAGGUGCCAUCUCUUCCAAAAAAUUACUACAAGGUACCCUCAAUGCCUAAACAGGAAUACAAGGCACCAUCUUUACCAAAGAAUGACUAUUACAAGAAAACAUCAGCAACAAAAGAUAACUACAAGAAGGUGCCAUCUCUUCCAAAUGAUAACUACUACAAGACACCCUCAAUGCCUAAACAAGAAUACAAUGUGCCAUCUUUUCCAAAGAAUGACUACUACAAGAAAUCAUCCGUUCCAAAAAAUAACUACAAGAAGUUGCCAUCUCUUCCAAAAGAUUACUACAAGGUACCCUCAAUGCCUAAACAUGAAUACAAGGGACCAUCUUUGCCAAAGAAUGAUUAUUACAAGCAACCAUCAACUCCAAAAUAUAACUACAAGAAGGUUUCGUCUCUUCCAAAAGAUAACUACUACAAGGUACCCUCAAUGCCUAAACAGGAAUACAAGGCGCCAUUUUUGCCAAAGAAUGACUACUACAAGAAACCAUCAAUUCCAAAGGAUAACUACAAGAAGGUGCCAUCUAUUCCAAAAGAUAACUACUAUAAGGUUCCCUUAAUGCCUAGACAGGAAUACAAGGUGCCAUCUUUGCCAAAGAAUGACUAUUACACGAAAUCAUCAUCUCCUCCUCCACCAUCUUACUACUAUAAUUCGCCCCCUCCUCCUUCACCAUCACCUUCUUACUAUUAUCAAUCAUCCUCAAUUCCUUCCUCAUCACCACCUCCUCCAUACUAUUAAGUCUUCAUCUUUCAUGUUCAACAUGUUUCCAGAAGGUCCUUCUUCAGCACAAAACAUAAUUCUGAGGGAUUUCAUUCUGUGAGUUAAAGGCACCAUAUCAAAAUUUGUAAUUAUUCAUUUAUUGUUUUUCUUUCCUUUUUUUUUUUUUGUGGGGGGGGUAGCAGGUGUUAUACCAUUUAAAUUGUAUGUUUGAUUGUUUGCAGAGAAUUAUUCAAUUGAAUACAAAUUCUUUUUAUUGAGAUUUUAUGUACUACUAUUUUUUAUCCCUCCAACAAUUGUAGCUCGACUGGCACUAUUGGGAUUGCAAAAGUUAAGUAUUAUCCAAAUAAAUUUAGCCAAUCUAUUGAACUGAUCAAAGAUGGAAACACACAGCCUGCAGGCAUAAUAAUCAUACAAAGUCAUUUAUAUACAACAACAACAUACCCAGUAUUAUCCCACACCGUGGGGUCUAGGGAGGGUAGU